UCUAGAUAACUCCUAUGACAGUUCUUAUAUGCUUGUAUGCUCUUGAAAUAAUUAACUCAGGACUACAUUUAACCCACUUGUCAGACUUUAAACUGCAUUGCAAUGAUAUCAUGUCAGAGAGUAAAAGUCUUUGAGUUCAUUGGUUCAUUUAAAUCAUGCCAGUGACCAUUCAAAACUCACUCCCCUUUUGUCUAGUUUUGAGGCCCCACCUCUUUUGAAAACAUUGCCAGCCCUCUUAAAUGUAUCAUAUUUCUGUAGUCUGCUGUAUGAAUGUUAGAAGGAUGGUGAGAGCACUGACUGUUCCCGCUCUGGGGCUUCUAGCUUUGCUAUGCUUGUUCUCCUCGGAGCCCGUGCAGGCUGGAAAGGUGCUUGUCGUGCCAGUGGAUGGCAGCCACUGGUUGAGCAUGAAGAUCCUGGUGGAAGAGCUUUCUCGGAGGGGACAUGAGAUGGUAGUCCUGGUCCCUGAAACCAGUGUUCUGAUUGGGAAGUCUGGUAAUUACACCACUAAGUCUUUUCGUGUGCCGUACACCCUUGCUGAUCUGAAGGACAACUUGGACAACAUAGAGAAGAAUGCAUUUGAGAAGCCUCCAAAAUUGACUGAUAUUGUUGAGAAUGUAGGGAACCUGAUUCAGUUCUUGAAUAUGCAGGUGAAAGCCUGUGAAGGGCUGCUGUAUGACGAGUCCCUGAUGAAGAGUCUUAGCGAAACAGGAUUUGAUGUUGUGCUCACUGAUCCUUUCCUGCCCUGUGGCACAAUCAUUGCCGAUUCGUUCUCGAUUCCCUCCGUUUACUUCCUGCGAUUGAUUCCCUGUUUGCUUGAUGAGGCAGCCACCCAGUGCCCCUCACCUCCAUCUUUUGUCCCACGCUUCUUCACUGGUUUCUCGGAUAAGAUGACUUUCCAUCAAAGAGUAGAAAACACGCUUAUGACAGUUUUUGAAGCUUUCCUUUGCCGCAAGCUGUUUGCUGGCACUGAUGAACUGGCCAGUAGAUAUCUGCAGAAGGACACUACAUACAAAGAGCUAUUAAGUCACGGUGCAGUCUGGCUUUUUAGAUACGACUUUACCUUUGAAUUCCCCAAACCACAAAUGCCAAACAUGGUCCAAAUAGGGGGCAUCAACUGUGCUAAGAAGGGUCCACUGACAAAGGAGCUGGAGGAGUUUGUGAAUGGUUCUGGAGAGCAUGGGUUUGUGGUCUUCACUCUUGGCUCCAUGGUGUCACAGUUACCCGAGGCCAAAGCCAGAGAGUUCUUUGAGGCUUUUAGGCAGAUACCUCAGAGGGUGCUAUGGAGGUACACUGGACCAGUCCCUGAAAAUGCUCCAAAGAAUGUCAAACUGAUGAAGUGGCUGCCACAAAAUGAUCUCUUGGGCCAUCCUAAGGUUAAGGCUUUUAUUACACAUGGUGGAUCACAUGGAAUCUAUGAAGGAAUCUGUCAUGGGGUGCCAAUGGUGAUGCUUCCUCUGUUUGGAGACCAAGGGGAUAACGUUCAUCGCUUAGUGUCUCGAGGAGUUGCAGAAACCCUGAGUAUCUAUGAUCUGACCUCAGAAAAACUACUGGUUGCAUUGAGAAAAGUCAUCAAUGACAAAAGCUACAAGGAGAAGAUGACAGAGCUUUCAGCUAUUCAUAGAGACCGUCUCAUUGAGCCUCUGGACCUGGCUGUGUUCUGGACGGAGUUUGUUAUGAGACACAAAGGGGCAGCGCAUCUCAGACCUGCAGCCCACGAGCUGAACUGGAUUCAGUAUCAUUCUCUGGAUGUCAUUGGCUUUCUCAUUCUCAUUCUAGUGACUGUUAUUUUUGUGACUGUCAAAAGCUGCAUGUUCUGUUUCAGGAAAUUCUUCAAGAAAACUCAGAAAAAGAAGAAGGAGUAGAUAUAUUAAGACAAUUUUUCAAAUGUAGGGCCCUAUGAAUUUCCCGAGUAAAUAGUAUUUUUUGCCAUUUAGUAUUCACAUACACUAGUCCAUAAUGCAGUCUGAUUGAAGUAUACUGACAUGCAUUUGAUUUAUUCAUUCAAAUUUGGACAAAUUCCUUGACAUUCCUCGUUAUACAGUAAACUUCUGUUGUGUAGCACUUUGAAUGUACAAAAUUAUAGGGUUUAUUUAAUUUCAUU